AUGCUGGGAGAUAUAUUCCUAUCUAUUAUUUUGAUUCAGAUAACAUCUGCAAGCAUUGUCAAAUAUGACAGCAAAAUAUUGAAUGUCUCUGCAAUUGGAGAUGAUGGAGUUUACUACAUGAACUUUGCUCUUGGCACAACAGAAAGUCCCCGAGAUGAAACAUUUUACUAUAUUCAACAACAACUGCUUUCUCCAUAUGUACUCGAAAUGCUAACACAGAAUCGGAGUGGGCUAAAUUUUGAGAAUAGCGGAGCGGUCCCUAUUCACUUAACUCUACUGAAUGACAAUGCUGCGGCUGAUGGUACUGCUUACUUUUUCAGAGAUACCGUUGUGAAUGAACAGUACAUUGGGGAUACGGGAAAUGUAUUUUUGAAUAGAUUGGCUCAGGAAGCUGUCUCGAAUGGGAUCCCACUAACUAAUGUCUUUGAAGUUCGAGCUGGUACCGUUCAUUUGAAGCAAUGA